CUGCUGACACACACAGAGGAUUCAGUCACUGCUGUCCAAGACACCGAGGACAUUUCUUCGCCUCUGUUUUAUGUUCUGGGCUUUUGACUCAAAAAAACAACAUUAAAAAGAUUUUCAUGUCCUCUUAAAUCCGUCACCUACUCCACUGUCGCCCUGUUUUUAUAAAAUGACGUGGCCGGAUGGAUUUAGUAGAUUAAAUGCAGUUUUUCUCGUUAUUUUACUGAGCUUUACUUUUCAAGGUGCCUACUUUGAGCUGGUGGUGUCCCCUGUUGGCCCGACUGUUGUGAAUGCACCACUUGGCAGCAAUGUGACUCUGGCUGUGUCCUUCAGUGGUGCCUCUGACCCAGUGGUUGCCUGGUUUAUGGGAAGGUUACCUGUCGCCACAUGGGUUAUUAACUCCAGUGUUCCUCCAGUCAUAGCCGAAAACAAUAUGGGGGUGCUGGAUAUUGAGCCAGAUGGAUCCCUUACCUUUGUGAAUGUGACACUUGACUAUACCAGUGAGUACACCGUUGAAAUGACAAAGUCUGGACUGCCAACAUCCUCGACUUCUUUCAGUCUAACAGUAUUUGAGAGGCCAAAAGGCAGUCCGAUGUGCUCUGUGCAGUCAGUGAAUAACGUCAACCUGCAGUACCACUGUCGGUGGCUGGGGGGAACCCCACAGGCCCAGUUGUCUUUCCCAGCACUGAGUAACACGAGCAGCGGAGCAGGAAACUUCAACCUGACCGUCACCCCCUUUGAUAAUCUUGACGGGAAAACUGUCACAUGCAUUGCAUACCACCUAUCUGAACAGAAUAAACAAUACUGCAAUAUUACUGCAAGUAGUCCAGUGAGGUUCCUGCCAUCCAUGAGAACCACGGUUGACUCCAGUGGCAAAAUAGUGGUCACUAUCCAGUGUGUCAGCGAGGCCUCGCCUAAGGCCGUGGUGUCAUGGCUUAAAGGAAACGAGACUGUCACCGAAGGGACAACGUACCAGAUCAGCAGAGACACCACACAGCUCCAGAUUCAGGAUAAAAACGUCAACAACUUUGUCCCCCAGAACUACACUUGUACCUGCCACAACCCGCUGGGCAGCCAGAGGAGGGUGACUCAGUUAAUAGGACCGUCGAUCUCAGAUUCCAGUUUGUUCCCUAAUCCCAAUGGAACCAUCAUCACAUUGACCUGGGAGGUCCCGCCCACCUCUGUUGUUACAGGGUUUGACGUCCAAAAGAAAGGACCAGACCUCCUGAGCAAACAUGGUAAUGGCAUCAACACUAAAGGCAGCUCAAACAAAUUUAAAACCAUCCAGCAGAAGCCUGGCUCUGCUAGGAGCGCAGACAUCUUUGUCCUCGAUCCCGACUUGACAUACUGGUUUCGGAUCAUCCCCAGAGCUCUGAUGACUGAAGGAGCGCCAUCUGAGGUCCACAGAAUUGGCCCAGGUGUCGGGCUGAGUGGACCUGCCAUUGCUGGCAUUGCAGCUGGAAUCCCCUGCAGUCUUCUCGUUCUAAUCCUGCUAAUCGUCUUCAUCUGCUUCUGUGUCUACUGGAACAAGAACAAAAAUCAGCAGGCAAGAUAUCCAAUGUCCAGAGCAGUUGAGAAGGCAAUAUCAACCCAAACAGAAAUAGUGCCUCAUAACCUGCUGAAGGCAGGGCGGAAGGCUCCCCCUGAUUACAACAAAUUUAAGACUCCCUCUGAAAAGUCGGUGCCUCUCCCCACAUUUGUCCCUCCACCACCUGUCAGAGUUGCUACAACUGUCUAAACUCCUGUAUUUGCUUUAUAUAUUAAUUUUGUAUAGCAUGCCUUAUUUUUAUGUUUUGUCUUAAUGUAUGAGAUUUUUUCUGUAAACUAAGAAUUGGUGUUAUAGAUUUACUUGUACCACUUUCCUGAUCUGCAAUGUAA